AACCCUGCCGGCUUUACAUUCUUGAAAACGAUUAACAGUUGAAAACAUUCGUUAGAAAUUUAGAAAAAUCAUCAAAUGUAAUCAGUUAGAUUUCUUCUAAUGCAACUGAAGUAACUGAAAUAGUUACACUACAUUUUUAAACAGGGUAACUUGUAAUCUAUUAGCUUUUAACCUGUUACAUUUCCAAAGUAACCUUCCCAGCACUGAAUGAUAAUCUUCACAAAUUAACACCGUUGCCUACUGUCCCACGGUUGCACCGCUGUUAAGCUUAUACAAGUUUAGCAAAUAUACAAGGUUGAAAUGUUUUGCAACUUUACACAGUGGGGCUGUGAAAGUGAAUAAGUGAGUGUUUACCAUCAUGGCGUUUAAAGUCCCAGACAGCCUCUGUUGUGUCCCAUUUAUCCACUUGUUAGCAACUGCUUUCUUCAAGACACAUAAAUCCUUAAAAAAUUAAAUGAGGCAUUACUGGUGUAUUUUAUGUCAUGGAAAAAAUGUUAUACCACAGACCGUGUGAAACACAGACCUGUAGCCUUUUUAGUUUUUGACAGAAACCAUAAACCCAGUCAGACUUCACGACACUUGAGAAUGUUGUACUCCAGGACAGCAGGUGGCGCGGUCGACGUAUUCAGUUGCUAAGCAACCCACAGAAAAUCCACUGAACGCGUCCCUCGCGAAUCACGCAAACGACCCACAACAACAACACCGUCUGGAGGUGAACCUCAAACUGCAGCUUUAACACUUAAAGAAUUGGACAUUUUGAGCUACUCUUGGACACCAUCUCCACUAAAAUCAUGUACCACAUUGUCGGUUUUGUUGACACUGAAGAAGUGGAGGUUGUGCCUGCAAUCUGGGUGAAGAGUGAUAAUUAUAGUGAAGCAUGCCAGAAGCUACCUCUUGCAGAACAGCAGACCAAACUCCAGUCAUACUCCCUGAUGCCACCGAAAUGCAAAAUAAAAGUGUUUUCACAUUAACAUGCCACCCUCGCUUCAUCAAAUUUGGUAAUCAUUCAAUUUCUCGCCUUCGCUAAAGACGAGACAUGUGCCCACUGGAUGAUUAUGACCGUGAUGAGGAGGCUACCACACCCCUAAAAAACAAUUUCCCACAAGCUCCUCAAAUAUAUCUGCUGUCCAAAAGGAUUUGUUCGGCGUCUAAUGAGCUACAACCAAGUGCUGUAGGACAAAGUCAAAGUCAGUCCCCGGGUGUGACACAGAUUGUGGAAACUUCGAGACCAUCCUUGUUGGAGAUAAGUCCUGGCUCUGAGUGGCAUGAAAAUACUCUGCUGCCUCGCCAGAUUUCCCAGCAGCCGCGGCGAACAAGUAGUUCUGACAGAGCAUCACAAGACACCACAGAACAUAAGAGUGAAGUGACAUGGCCACAGGACACAAGUGUACAGUCUCCCGAACAACCGGCACAGUCACCGCGGCAUCACGAAACACCCAGACCCCAGAGAAAAAGCCUCUCAAGCUAUGAUCCAUUCUUAACCUCACUUCUCCAUGACAUAUUAACUAAACAAGAAAUUCUAAUGGAGCAGCAGAAGAAGAUUAUGAGGAUGGUGCAAGAUCUCAAAGCAAACAAUGUUUCUGAGAUCACGGAGACUAACCUUUUAAGUCCAGAACAAUGUCCAGUUGAAGAUUUGAGGUCAUUAACUUCCCCGGAAAGUGAUCUUCAAUCUUGUCCGGAAACGAGAAUAAAAGUGGAAACAUACAGUGGGAGCGGAGAAGAUGAAAUGACAUACAAGGAUGAAGAAUCCUGUCCGAUACAAAUAGAAAAACAACAGGCACCAAAGAUGGGCAAACCCUGUGGACCUACAUGUGGAAAGAAAUGUACGCAGAAGAUCCCACAUGUUCGAAGAAAAGAAAUAUUUAACGCCUAUAAGGACAUGUCACACAGCGACAAAUGGACUUUUGUAUUUCACUCAGUUACCCAAUCACUGAAAACACGUUUCACGACGGGAGGUCCCAGCAGACGCAACAAGACUUUUCAGUAUCACCUAAAUAACAGCCUCGGGCAACCUCAAGAAGUCUGCAAAACCUUCUACCUAACCACACUGGGAUACCAUCCGAAAAACGACAGAGUGAUUGUCAGCGUGACAGGCAACAAAUCCGGUGCCGUUCCUCCUCCAGACCGCAGAGGGCGACACCCACCUCCCAAUAAAAUAGAUCUGACGCCAAUUCACCAACACAUUCAGUCGUUCAACCCAACUAUCAGUGACUGUAAAUGUGAACACGCCGAAAGCAGACGAUAUUUACCAAGCAAUGUAACCAUCAUGAUGAUGUAUAAAGACUUUAAAGGCAAAAGUUCAACUGUGUGUUCAUAUGAAACCUAUAGGAAAGCCAUAAAAGACAUGAAUAUAGGUUUCAGGAAAUUGAGCGAGGAAGAGUGCAAAAAGUGUCUGGAAGGCGAUACUCGCAUUAAGACUGAGCAUCUCUAAAGUAGCAAAAAUAGUAGCAAAUAAAUGUCACACUGUGCUAAAUUUAAAAUAAGAGCAUGAUUCUAUACAAGUCAGGAUUUCACUCGACUUUGUAUAUUAUUUCUGCGGCAAAAGUUUUGGCUACAUUUUACACCUCAGUGACAAAUACAGAUGUUUAUGGCCCCGAUAUACUUUAAACGAAGUUCUUUUUCGUUCUUCAUAUGGGAGCUAAGAAGUUUGAAAAGGCUGAGUGACGGUAUACUGUUUUUGAAUGUUUCAACACCCACGCGCUGCUGGAGGCGGGGUGUGGAUUAAUGUGAAUGUGUCACGCCGAUCAUGCGUACAUCCCCUAAACACAACAAUAAAUGCCUUCUCCGAAUCUUUAAAGUCUCUCAGUGAGCGAUCGUACAGGUGCAGAAACUUUUGUACCAGCUCAGCUUUUCAUUACUCCAGUGUAUUCAUGUUGCUACUAACUUGUUGUUUUGGAUGUUGUUCCCCUGUCUGACCUCUGUGGAAUGAGUAAUGAACUGGGGAAACGAAUUUUGUUUCAGCCUGAUUUUGUUGGAAAUUACAUCAUAUCAGUUUGUUCUAUUUCAUUUAAAGUAUAUAAGGGUUCUUGCAGCGUUAGAAAAUGGAUGAAAAUUAGAGUAAAGCCACAAAUCAGUUUUGAAAAACAGCAAGAUAAUUACAUGAAUUUGCAUUUAUUUACCUACACUUUCUAUUUGUAUAUUGUUUACAUUGUAUCACGUUUUGUUGUUGGUGUAGCAACUGUGUUUUGCAGUUGUAGGCCGCUGUAGAUUUCGUUUUAUAUUUUCCCCUUUAGAUGAGAUUGGGAAGUGUUACAACAGCAUCAGUUAUCUAACUAGAAAAGAGCUAGUGUAGGUGAAGUGAAGCGAAGCUUUCAACACUAGAGUAUUGGAAAAAGGUUCAUUACUGGAAGCUUUUCAACACUGUUUAUGCUUUGGCCAUCUAGUGGCACCUUCCAAAGGGCUGUGUUCCAUUACAGCUGCUGGUUUCACAUCUGGUUCUGCAAAUGAUUCUUUGUUUUAUUUUAUUGUAUACAAAUCAUGGCCAUUGUCAGAGUCAUUCAUUUGUGUUGGUGUUCUACCACUAAAAUAAGUAAAAUAAAUCAAACAAAUUAAAUCUUU